GCUGCUGCCGCCGGCCGGGACCGCCCUAUUGAGGCGCGGCGGGGUUCCGCUCAGCUGCCUGCAGAGCCCAGCUAGCUAAAAUGUAAUUUCAGAUUGGACAAGCUGCUGACUGCCUCCUGGUCAUCUGGGAGCCUCCUGUUAAUGCAGCCCUCCUGCUUGGCUCUUGACCUGAUGGCCACUGCCUGGCUCUUAGGAGGGCUCAGAGCAGGUUGAAGGGCCACAAUGUCUGGCGGAGAUCAGGAACCAAGGAGCUACUAUGUGGGUGUGGACGUUGGAACAGGCAGUGUCCGCGCUGCUCUGGUGGACCAGAAGGGGGUCCUUGUGGCUUUUGCAGAUGAACCAAUUCGAGAGUGGGAGCCUCGGUUCAACCACCAUGAGCAGUCCUCCGAGGACAUCUGGGCUGCAUGCUGUGUUGUCACAAAGAAAGUUGUACAAGGAAUCGAAUUAAACCAAAUUCGAGGACUUGGGUUUGAUGCCACGUGUUCUCUGGUUGUUUUGGAUAAGCAGUUUCGUCCUUUACCAGUAAACCAUGAAGGGGAUUCCUGUCGAAAUAUCAUCAUGUGGCUAGAUCACCGAGCCGUGAGUCAGGUCCACAGGAUCAAUGAAACCAAGCACAGUGUCCUCCAGUACGUUGGGGGUGUGAUGUCUGUGGAAAUGCAGGCCCCGAAGCUUCUGUGGCUAAAAGAGAACUUGAGAGAGACUUGCUGGGCUAAGGCGGGGCAUUUCUUUGAUCUCCCAGACUUCUUAUCGUGGAAGGCAACAGGUGUCACAGCACGGUCUCUCUGCUCCCUGGUGUGCAAAUGGACAUACUCAGCAGAGAAAGGCUGGGAUGACAGCUUCUGGAAGAUUAUCGGUCUGGAAGACUUUGUUGCAGACAAUUACAACAAAAUAGGAAACCAAGUGCUGCCUCCUGGAGUUUCUCUUGGAAAUGGGCUCACACCAGAGGCAGCUAAAGACCUUGGACUUCCCGUUGGGAUUGCGGUGGCAUCCUCACUCAUUGACGCUCAUGCAGGAGGACUAGGAGUGAUAGGAGCAGAUGUGAGGGGGCGCGGCCUGGCCUGUGAGGGACAGCCCAUGACGUCACGGCUGGCUGUCAUCUGUGGAACAUCUUCUUGUCACAUGGGGAUCAGCAAAGACCCAAUUUUUGUACCAGGUGUCUGGGGCCCUUAUUUCUCGGCCAUGGUCCCUGGGUUGUGGCUGAAUGAAGGCGGUCAGAGUGUUACUGGAAAAUUGAUAGAGCACAUGGUGCAGGGCCAUGCUGCCUUCCCUCAACUACAAGCCAAGGCUGCUGCUAGAUGCCAGAGCAUAUAUGCAUAUUUGAACAGUCACCUGGAUCAGAUUAAGAAGGCUCAGCCUGUGGGUUUCCUCACUGUUGAUUUACAUGUUUGGCCAGAUUUCCACGGCAACCGGUCUCCCUUAGCAGAUCUGACACUAAAGGGCAUGGUCACCGGAUUGAAACUGUCCCAGGACCUCGAUGAUCUUGCCAUUCUGUACCUGGCCACAGUUCAAGCCAUUGCUUUUGGAACCCGCCACAUUAUAGAGGCCAUGGUGGCAGCAGGGCACUCUCUCAGCACUCUUUUCCUGUGUGGGGGCCUGAGCAAGAAUCCCCUUUUUGUGCAAAUGCAUGCGGAUAUUACUGGCAUGCCCGUGGUCCUGUCCCAAGAGGUGGAGUCUGUUCUUGUGGGCGCUGCUAUUCUGGGUGCCUGUGCCUCGGGGGAUUUCACUUCUGUACAGGAGGCAAUGGCAAGAAUGAGCAAAGUUGGGAAAGUUGUGUUCCCCAGGCAUGAGGAUAAAAGAUAUUACGACAAGAAGUAUCAAGUGUUCCUGAAGUUAGUUGAGCACCAGAAGGAGUAUGCAGCAAUCAUGAAGGGAAACUGAACAGGGCCCAUGGGUACCGAUGCCAGCAGGUUCUGCAUCAUUGCAUCAGGGACCUGGAUCAUUUCAUCCUAUAUACAAGACUUUUUAGGUCUCAUUUCAUCUAUUCUGCAUUGUCUUUAAAUAAAGAAAUUGAGACAUGUCCAGCCAGAACUACAGUCUUCCGUUUGAAAAUACCACUGUUACACACUUAGCAGCUUCCACACAGGCAGCAUCAUAUGGUCAGAAGUUUCACACAGAGUCACAGGAUCUCAUUUGGGACUAGACCUCAAGGAUCAUCCAAUCCAGGAGAAACUUGUUAAUUGAUUCAAUGUCAGCCAUAAAAUGACUUACAUUGCUUUAGGUAGAACAUCUAAUGUUUAUUCUAUAGAUGGCUAAACACUUAUUAUUAGCAUUUCAUUUGAAAAUAAUGUCAACAGAAAAGUAACAAGAAUAGGAAUAACACAGAGAGCACCCAUGUACCCACCUUUUACCCAUGUAUGACCUUUUAACAUUUUACCCCAUUUGCUUUUUCAUUUGUAUAUUCUCUCUCUCGACACACACACAUGCACACACACACAAAUUUCUUCUGAGCCAUUUGAGAGUAAGUUUCAGUAGAUUUAACUUUUAUAUGGCACUGUAGUCUGCCAUUCAUAUUCCAAUUUUGUCAAUUAACUCAGUCCUUUAUGGCAGUUUUUCCCUCCAGUACAAGAUCCAGUCCAAGAUCAGGUGUCGUGUGCAGCGCAGAAUCAUCUUCUUGCAGCCAUCAUAUGAAAGAUAGGCACAGGCAGAAAUCAUCAGUGGAUCCAAGGAGAAUUUAGAUGAGGAACAGGAUAUAAGCAUGGCCUAAAGGUAUCCCCCCCACAGAUUGCUUAUUGGUUACAAGAGGACAAAAAUGUUAACUAUACAGGGAAGAAAUAGGACAACAUCUUGAUUUGGUGACCAAAAUUAACUUCAUAUGGGCAGAUGGACAUGGCUAGAUGGACAUAUAGUGCCUCUACUAGAUGUUACAGUCUGGGAAGGGCAUAGCAUCACAUGUAGGAUUCUGACUGGGAAUGAAUAACCAGAAUCUAAUAAGGAAACAUCAGACAAAUCCAAAAUGGGGAGCAUGCUGUUUUUUAAUAGCCUAUAUUCUUCAAAAAUGUCUGUGUCCUAUAGACAAGAAAGACUGCAGAAAGUUUCCAGAUUAAAGGAAACUAAAGAAACAUGAUGGCUAAAAGCUUUUGAUGCAGACAAGUGGUUUGAAAAACUAUAAUUGCAUUAGUUGAUACCACACCCACACCCACACAUUCAUCCACAAUUUUAGACCCAGCAGUAGCUGCUAAUGUUGAUUUUAGAGCGGUCAUAGCUCAGACAAGUUUGUAUAGAGGCAUGCUAGGACUUUGCAGCAUAAGUCAGCAACUUGUUGUUGAUAGGUCCCAUCGAGUUGGUUCCAGCUUAUAGCAACCCUGCUUACGACAGAAUGAAACACUAUUCGGUCCUGCACCUUCCUCACAGUCAUUAUGCUUGAGCCCAUUGUUGCAGCCACUGUGUCAGUCCAUCUCGUUAAGGAUCUUCCUCUUUUUUGCUGACUUUCUUACUUUACCAAGUAUGAUGUCCUUCUCCAGAAACUGAUAAUAUAUGCAAAGUAUGUGAGACGUAGUCUCCCCAUCCCUGUUUCUAAGGGGCAUUCUGGCUGUAUUUCUUCCAAGACAUAUUUGUUCAUUCUUUUGGCAGUCCAUGGUACAUUCAACAUUCUUCACCAACACCGUAAUUUGAAGGCAUCGAUUCUUCUUCGGUCUUCCUUAUUCAUUGUCCAGCUGUUGCAUGCAUAUGAGGCAAUUGAAAACACCAUGGCUUGGGUCAGGCACACCUUAGUCUUCAAGGUGACAUCUUUGCUUUUUAACACUUUAAAGAGAUCUGUUGCAGCAGAUUUGCCCAAUGCAACACAUCAUUAGAUUUCUUGACUGUGGCUUCCAUGAGUGUUGACUGUGAAUCCAAGUAAAAUGAAAUCUUGGACAACUUCAGUCUUUUCUUCAUUAUCAUGAUGUUGCUUACUGGUCAAGUUGUGAGGAUUUUUGUUUUCUUUAUGUUGAGGUGUAAUCCGUACUCAAGGCUGUGACCUUUGAUCUUCCUCAGUGUUUCAAGUCCUCUUCACAUUCAGCAAGCAAGGUUGUGUCAUCUGCGUAACGCAGGUUCUUAAUGAGCCUUCCUCCAAUCCUAAUGCCCUGUUCUUCUUCAUAUAGUCCAGCUUCUUGGAUUAUUUGCACAACAUACAGAUUGAGUAAGUAUGAUGAAAGGAUAUAACCCUGAUGUACACCUUUCCUGACUUUACACCAUGAAGUAAACCCCUUGAUCUAUUCAAACGACUGCCUCUUGAUCCAUGUACAGGUUCGUCAUGAGCACAAUUAAGUGUUCUGGAAUUCCAAUUCUUCUCAAUGUUUAUCAUAAUUUGUUAUGAUAUCCACACAGUCGAAUGCCUUUGCAUAGUCAAUAAAAUACAGGUAAACAUCUUUCUGGUAUUCUCUGCUUUCAGCCAAGAUUCAUCAGACAUCAGCAAUGAUAUCCCUGGUUCUACAUCCUCUGGAAUCCGGAUUGAAUUUCUGGCAGUUCCCUGUGGAUGUACUGCUGCAGCUGUUUUUGAAUGAUCUUCAGCAAAAUUUUGCUAGCAUGUGAUAUUAGUGAUCUUGUUUAAUAAUUUCCACAUUCACUUGGAUCACCUUUCUUGGAAAUAGGCAUUAAUAUGGAUCUCUUCCAGUUGGUUGGCCAAGUAGCUCCCUUCCAUAUUUCUGGACAUAGACUAGUGAGCACUUCCACUACUGCAUCCAUUUGUUGAAAUAUCUCAAUUGGUAUCCUGUCAAUUCCUGGAGCCUUGUUUUUCACCAGUACUUUCAGUGCAGCUUGGACCUCUUCCUUCAGAACCAUCACUUCCUGAUCAUAUGCUACCUCCUGAAAUGGUUAAACACUGACCAAUUCUUCUUGGUAUAGUGACUCUUUCCAUCUUCUUUUGAUACCUCCUGUGUCAUUUAAUAGUUUCCUCAUAGAAUCCUUCAGUAUUACAACUCAAGGCUUGAAUUUUUUCUUCAGUUCUUUCAGCUUGAGAAAUGUCAAGUGCAUUCUUCCCUUUUGGUUUUCUAACUCUAGGUCUUUGCACAUGUCAUUAUAACACUUUACUUUGUCUUCUCAAUCUGCCCUUUGAAGUCUUCUGUUCAGUUCUUUUACUUCAUCAUUUCUCCCAUUUGCUUUAGCUACUCAAUGUUCAAGUGCAAGUUUCAGAGUCUCUCUGACAUCCAUUUGGGUCUUUUCUUCCUUUCCUGCCUUUUUAAUGACCUCUUGCUUUCUCUAUGAUGUCCUUGAUACCAUUCCACAACUCAUCUGGUCUUCGGUCAUUAGUAUCCAGUGCGUCAAAUCUAUUCUUGAGAUGGUCUCUAAAUUUAGGUGGGAUUUGGCUCUUGUAGACUUGUUCUAAUUUUCUUCAGCUUCAACUUGAACUUACAUAUGAGAAAUUGAUGGUCUGUUCCGCGUUUGACCUCUGGCCUUGUUCUGACUGAAGAUAUUGAAUUUUUCCAUUGUCUCUUUCCACAGAUGUAGUCGAUUUCAUUCCUGUGUAUUCCUUCCAGAGAGGUUCACGUAUAUAGUUGCCAUUUCGGUUGUUGAAAAAAGAAGAAAUUCACAAAAGGGGAAAUACAAAUGGAAAAAUGAACUCAUUGGAAAAGAUGUAACCUUCUUACUAAGCAAAGAUGAAAAUUAAACUAAAAUGAGAUACUCUUUUUUGUUUGUCAAAUUGUUAAAGGUUACUUUUUCUUAAUACUUAAAGCUAGCAAAUUAAGACAGAAUCUUUUAUAUAUUCCUGAGAUAAAUAUUCGCUCCCUCACACGUCUGUCAAUUUGUCAUACUGUGGGGGCUUGCAUGUUGCUGUGAUACUGGAAGCUAUGCCACCAGUAUUCAAAUACCAGCAGGGUCACCCAUGGUGGAGAGGUUUUAACUAAGCUUCCAGACUAAGGCAGACCAGAAAGAAGGACCUGGUGGCUUACUUCUGAAAAGAAUUUACCAGUGAAAACUUUGUGAAUAGCAGUGGAACAUUGCCUGAUACAGUGUGGAAGAUGAGCCCCUCAGGUUGGAAGGCACUCAAAAUAUGACUGGGGAAGAGCUCCCUCCUCAAAGUAGAGUCAGCCUUAAUGGCAUGGAUGGAGUAAAGCUUUUGAGACCCUCAUCUGUUGAUGUGGCACAACUCGAAAUGAGAAGAAACAGCUGCAAACAUCCAUUAAUAAUAGGAACCUGGGAUGUAUGAAGUUUGAAUCUAGGAAAAUUGGAAAUCAUGAAAAAUGAAAGGGAAUGGAUAAACAUAGAUAUCCUAGGCAUUAGUGAGCUGAAAUGGACUGGUCUUAGCCAUUUUGAACUGGACAAUCUUAUGGUCUACUAUGCUGGGAAUGACGCCUUGAAGAAGAAUGGUGUUGCAUUCAUCUUCAAAAAGAACAUUUCAAGUCAGCAAGUAGAAAAGUAAAAAAGCCAAUACAAUUCAGUCAACAGACAUCUUUUGGAGUAUUUAAUUCAGUGCUAGGAAUUAUACUAAGCACUGGGGUAUAGCAAUAAAUAAAACAUGGCCCCUGCCCUCAGGGAGCUCACAGUCUAAUGGAGAAUGAAGAUGAUAAAUCUCUCACAGUACAUUGUAAGAAGUGCUGCAAAAAAGGACAGCAUCUGCCGUCAUGCAGUAUACCUAUCAGAAAAGGAAGGAGGGGUAGAGAGUUGACAUUUGGGCUGAAAAGCAGUACGGUGUGAUGGAUAUGAGCUCAGGCUUGGCUCUAGGCCUGGCUUUACCUUUUAUUAUCUGUGUGACUUGGAGAAGGGUCCUUAACCUCCCUAAGCCUUCAUUUUUUAAAUGAAGAUAUUAAUAGUAUAUCUUCAGGAUUAUAAUGAGGAUUAAAUGAGAUAAUACAUGUAAAGUACUUUGCUCAUUUGCCUGGACCACACAUACCUGUCUUGCCUAACACCUAGCGGAUGCUCAGAUAAAAACAAUGGUAACUACUGAGCAGAAUGACAGCUCCUCAUUACAAAGGCCAGCUCUACAACAGUAUUCUACAGUAUUCAAAUGAUAUGGAGCUCUUGAGUGGGGUCCAAGGUGAAGGUGGAUGUGGAUGUCCAAUCCAGCAGGCCUCGCAGCAGGAGGAAGCCCGGGUCAUUCAUAACUAGACCCCAGCCAGGGACUGGCUGGGGAUGAGAGAGGUUUGGGGAGUUGGAGUCAGCACUCCAGAGCAGGAGUCAGUACAGCAGGAUAUCAAGACCAAGAUUAACCAGGCAUUUGCUGUUAACACUGAUCAGUACUUAUUCAGAAACUAAGACAGGUUUCAGCCUGCUUGUGCAAAGCAGUCAUGAAUCCAAUAGCUUUGCAUGACUAGGAAAGGCAGAGGUAGGAGAAAGAAUAGUUACCAACUAUUUGCCAGGUCCUUCCUGUAUGCUCUCUCCAAUCCUUACUACAGCACUGUGAACUAGGCAGCAUUAGCUCACAUUUCAGCUGAGAAAGCUGAGGCUCAGAAAAGAUAAAACAGCUCACCCAGAGUCACUCAGGUAGUGAUAGAAACAGGAUUCAAGUUCAGAUCUGUCUGCGUGCAAAGUUUUGGGUGCUGUCCCCCUGUAACAGCUGGAGAGGAAUACCAUCCCCAUCACCUGCUCUUUCAUUACACCCAGGCUGCAGCAGGGAAAGUGAGGCAGGCAACAGCGAUGGACCAGGCCAGGCUCACAGUGAGUUCCUGCAGAGGGACUUCUCCAAGGCCUAUGAGCGCUACCACACUGAGACCCUGCAGGGCCGUAGCAAGCAGGAGCUGGUACAAGACUAUCUGGAUCGGCAGAGGCAGCUGUUGUUGCAACAGAGAGGAGACACAGAGGUUACAGCAGAUGCAACGGUACACCAACCAGCAGCAGCCAUUUUGCCAGGUGGUGGAGCAAGCUGCUGAAGUGGAGAGGCUCCGGACUGAGAACCAGGGGCUUCGGCAGAACGAGAUGUAGAACUGAGAAGGCGGCAGCAAUGGUGAGGAGCUGGGCACCUAGGGUUGCCCCCCAGCCAGGCUGAGCCAAGGAGAAAGUGCCAUUUCAUACCCAUUCAGGCUAGCUGGGUCCCAAGGAGGCAGGUGGAAAAUUAAAACUAUUCUCAGCACCCUGCGCUCUCUGAGAAAGCUGAAAUCGGUUCAUACUUCUACUUUGUCAUUUCCACAGUUUGUUCUUUGAUGUCAUCUUAUUUUUCAUAAAGAAAUUAAAAGGUCUUGGCGAGACAAAAAAAAAAAAUGCUGUGGGCGACCAGCCCUGGGUGCUGGUCAUCCCCUCAGCAACUCAUAUCCAAGCCAAACCUGAUCAUGGUUUCUUACAGCUUUAUAGAAAAAGGAAACCACCCACAGGUGAGGCAAGGAAUGGGGAACCCUAGGAUUCCUUUGACAUCCCGCUCAACAGUGAGAAGCAGCCUGAUAGAAUGGGAAGGACUGGGAGAUCUUGGGCAAGAUGCCUAACUUCUAAGCCUCAGGCUGCCCCUCUGUCAGUGGGUUCACCUGCUACCUACCUCCUAGCUUUGGUUGUAAAGAUUCAAUGGAAGAACUGUCUAUGUAAAGCCCCUAGCACAAUGCCUUGUAGGUAGUAGGCACCCCACAAAUAUUUCUACAAUGUUCUCUUAGUACUACAUGGCUAGAGUGUUAAUUCCUAAGAAAAUGAUUCUGGUUCCUACUAUAAAGUCAGUGUUUCAAGGGAAUAUAAAUGUCUAUGUGGAUUUCUGUAACCAUGUGUAGCUUGAUAAUAAAAAUUGCAAUGACUAAUACAGUCCUUCUUACAUGAGAAAGGGGUUUUCAUUUAAUGCACACGUGUAAAGUGUAAGUAUAUUUAGUUUUUCUGAAUGAGAAGUUCGGUAUGAGCAGAGUGGUUUGUGGGAUUUUUGUUUUGUCUUUUCUGCCUACUGAAGGGUUUUUUUUUUUCAAGUUGAAGCCAGCCUCACUUGUUGUUGUUGUUGUUAGGUGCCGUUGAGUAGGUUCCAACUCAAAGUGACCUUAUAUACUAUAGAACAAAACACUGCCGGGUCCUGCGCGGUACUCAAAACGGUUGUUGUGCUUGAGCCCAUUGUUGCAGCUGCUGUGUCAACCCACCUCAUUGAGGGUCUUCCUCUUUUUCACUGACCCUCUGCUGUACCAAGCAUGAUGUCCUUCUCCAGGGACCGAUCCCUCCUGACAACAUGUCCAACGUAUGUAAGACUCAGUCUUGCCAUCCUUGCUUCUAAGGAGCGUCCUGGUUGUACUUCUUCCAAGACAGAUUUGUUCGUUCUUUAAGCAGUCCGUGGUAUAUUCAAUAUUCUUCACCAGUACUGCAAUUCAAAGGCAUCAGUUCUUAUUCAGUUUCCUUAUUCAUGGUUCAGCUUUCGCAUACAGAUGAUACGAUUAAAAAUACCAUGGCUUGGGUCAGGCUCACCUUAGUCUUCAAGGUGACAUCUUUGCUUUUCAACACUUUAAAGUGUUGAAAAGAGGGCAGUCUCACUUAGCAAAUCAUUUUGCCAAGAUGCACAUUACAGAAUUUUAAUUGUGACCAAAAAUAUUUUCCAUAUGUGAAGAACAUAAAUCUGGCUUUCAAAAAGCCAAAGAGAACAAAAGCCAGGGGAAGGAGGUGGAGAAGACAAAUGUGAGUGGCAUGACACAGUGUAGAGCAACAGUAAACCACAUGCUAGAGUGUGCUGGGGUCUGGAUGAGGCAUCGAGAAGGGAGGCCCAGACCGGGCAAUUGGUCUUUAUAUCCAGACAUUGUUGCCAGUUGAACUGGGGAGUUGAAGAAUAAGGGAGCAGAAAUUCUGAGCAAGCAGUAAAAAUGCUGUAAGAUGGCCCUGGAAAAUCCCAGGUUUGGAGGUACCAAAUCAGCAGGUGAGGGUAAUGAACUAGAAUGUGUGGGUUUUAACAUUGGUGCAAGGGAUAAUCAGUUGUUAAGGGUUAUUUACCUGUGAGCUCUUGGAGGGCACAGACUGUUCUAGGGCCUUGUGUUUGUACCUAAACAGUCCCUGGCACAUAAAGGUUGUUCAGUAAGUGAGUAAAUGAAUGGAUCCAGGAACACAUGACAUUUUUCUGCAAAAAGAAGACUGGUUGAACUAAAAAUAACUCAAAGGCCUCUCACUUCCAGGUCAAAUAACCUAUGAUGUGUGUUAACGUGCCUUAAUUUAAGCCAAAACCAGUUGCCAUCAAGUCAGUUCUGACUCAUGGCAACCCUACAUGUGUCAGAGUAGAACCACUCUCCAGGGUUUUAAGGCUGUGACCUUUUGGAAGCAGAUGGCCAGUCUUUUCUUCUAAGGCACGUCUGGUUGGACUCGAACCUUCAACCUUUCAGUUUGCAGCCUAGCACGUUAACCAUUUACAGCACCCAGGAACUCUGCUUUAAUUUAAGAGAGUAUCAAAAACUUUAAAAAAUGUGCCUUGGUCAUAAAAGGUUAAAAGAAUCA